GCAUUACAUAAUGGACAAGAUGGAUUAGUUCCAGCAUCUUAUAUUGAAUAUCAAACUUCGGAUAGUAAUGAUUAUGUACAAGCAUUAUACGACUACGUUGCACAGACUUCUGAAGAGAUAUCGAUAAGAGAAGGCGAUAUAAUAUUAAUAACAAAUCGGGAUGUUGGUGAUGGAUGGUGGGAAGGCACAUUGAAUGGAGUGACAGGUCAGUUUCCAGCAAGUUAUGUAGGCCCUUUAGAAUGA